GUGUCACCAGUGGGUGCUGUGACCUCACCUGCACCUGCCCAGCCUCGGCCGAGAGCCCCCCCCGGGCCCUGGGGGACCUCCUGGGGACCUUCCCCCCACAGGUGCUGCGGCGGGGCCGGGACCCUCCCCCGCCCUGGGGGCCCCGUGAGGAAGAUGAGGAGUUCGAGGCUGAGGAGGAGGAAGGUGAGGAUGAGGAGGACACGAUCGCCGCCCAGGAGCGCCUGGAGGGCGACGUCGAUCACCAGCAGGAGCUGGACGACCUGGCCAGGGAGGGUGCGCUGCCCAUGGAGGAGCUGCUGCAGCGUUACCGCGGCGCCUUCGCCGACUCCGACUGCGACUCCGCCCCCGGCGCGAGCAGCACCCGCUCAGGUGCGCACAGGUGUGUGUGUGUGCACCUGUACAGGUGUGUGUGUGUGCACCUGUACAGGUGCGUGUGUGUGCCUGUACAGGUGUGUGUGCACCUGUACAGGUUCCCCACCUGCCCGGUGUGCUCUAACCCCUCCCAGUAUGCCAACCUGCAGGUGUGCUCGGACCUGCAGCCCAAGGUACCCUGCCCCCCCAGUGGCACCUGGCCCUGGAGCCUGCAGCCCAAGGGGUACACGCUGGCCACGACGCAGGUGAAGACGCCGAUCCCGCACCUGCUGCGGGGCACGCUGCGAGAGUACCAGCACAUCGGGCUGGACUGGCUGGUCACCAUGUACGAGAAGAAGCUGAACGGGAUCCUGGCCGACGAGAUGGGGCUGGGCAAAACCAUCCAGACCAUCUCGCUGCUGGCUCACCUGGCCUGCGAGAAAGGUAGCUGGGGCCCUCACCUGAUCAUCGUGCCCACCUCGGUGAUGCUCAACUGGGAGAUGGAGCUCAAGCGCUGGUGCCCCAGCUUCAAAAUCCUCACCUACUACGGGGCGCAGAAGGAGCGGCGCCUCAAGAGACAGGGCUGGACCAAGCCCAACGCGUUCCACGUGUGCAUCACCUGGGGCUACAAGCCUGUCCAACGCUGCCACCUGUGCAUCACCUCGCACAAGCUGGUGCUGCAGGACCACACCUGUGCUCACCUGGGCUCACCUGUACUCACCUGUCUCCAGCGGCGGCUGCUGCUGACAGGUACGCCGCUGCAGAACUCGCUGAUGGAGCUCUGGUCGCUCAUGCACUUCCUCAUGCCCAGCGUGUUCCAGUCGCACCGCGAGUUCCGCGAGUGGUUCCACAACCCGCUGACGGGCAUGAUCGAGGGCAGCCAGGAGUACAACGAGAGCCUCGUCAAACGGCUGCACAAGCCCGCUGACGGGCAUGAUUGA